AUGGCAAAAUUUUCGCCACCGGAGAACUUCAAUUUCAGCGCUCCAGUGGAAUGGCCGGAUUGGAAACAGCGUUUCGCGCGUUACCGGAUGGCAACAAAACUCUAUAAAGAUGAUGAGGUAGUACAAGUAAGUGCUCUCAUAUAUGCCAUGGGUAAACAAGCCGAACAUGUGUUCAAAUCAUUCACGUUUGCCACCGCAGGAGAUGAGGCUAAAUACGAAACGGUUCUCGAGAAAUUUGACGCAUACUUUGUACCAAAACGCAACGUGAUUCACGAGAGGGCUAGAUUUCAUAUGAGAACUCAAAACUCCGGAGAAUCUAUUGAGGCAUUUGUGCGUGCUCUGUACGAAAUUGCAGAGAAUUGUGAUUUUGCUAGCAAAGAUGAACAGAUCAGAGAUAGGCUUGUGAUAGGAAUUUCUGACAAAACUAUAUCGGAGAAACUACAAAUGAAGCCAGAUUUGACCCUAGACAUAGCACUACAGACGGCGAGGCAGGCCGAGCUGGUGAAAACCCAAAUGAAAGAACAAGGUCACAAAAUGGUUGAGGAAGUAAAGCGAAACACAAAUACUAAGGGACAACGAAUUCCUAACCAACAUAGACCAAAACAACAAAAGUCUACGCAGCAAUAUAGACAACAGUCACACCAGCAAACCGGAAGUGCAUGUACGCGAUGUAACCGAUUUCAUGGAGGUAAGGAGGUGUGCCCAGCGAACGGUAAGCGGUGUAAUGAGUGUAAAAAGUACAACCAUUUUGCAGUAUGUUGUCGGUCAAAACGUAAUCAGAAACAAGUCAGAGAAGUGGUGUACGAGACGGAUAAUGAUCAACAACCAUUCUUUCUGGGAUCAAUUACAUGUCGAGAUAACGGUGAUCCAUGGACAGUAACACUGCGCAUAGCCCAAUCCCCAGUUACCAUGAAAAUUGAUACGGGCGCAGAUAUUAGUGUCAUUUCUGAGAUUACAUACAACCACCUACAGGAAAGGCCAAAACUGAGUGAAGUCAGUUCAACACUACAGAGCCCUGGGGGUAAACUGUCAACUAUUGGAAAGUUCAAGGUCACUACAAAAUACAAGGGCAUUCAGUACAAAUUUGACGUGUAUGUCGUCCGCGGUACAGAGGCGACCAACCUGUUAGGCAGGGAUGUGGCAGUUCAAAUGGGCCUUAUUAUGAGACUUAAUGAGGUAACUAUUGACAGUGAAGUGUUCGGUACUACAGGUCUGGUGAAAUGUGAUCCAGUAACAAUCAAAAUGAAACCUGACAUCACACCAUAUUGUGUCACAACAGCUCGUCGAGUACCAUUCCCUAUCUUGGAAAAUGUGGAAAAGGAACUAGCCAGAAUGGAAAAGGAUGGUAUUAUUGAAAAAGUUACUGAGCCUACUGACUGGUGUGCCCCCAUGGUACCAGUUGUAAAGAAAAAUGGAAAUGUGAGGAUAUGUGUAGACCUGAAAAAGUUAAAUGAAGGUGUCAAACGCGAACAUCUGAUGUUACCAACACUCGAUGACAUAUCGCCCAAACUGGUUGGAGCAACAGUAUUCUCAAAACUGGAUGCAAGCAGUGGGUUUUAUCAGAUACCACUACACCCUGAUAGUUCCAGACUGACCACGUUUAUAACACCUUUCGGUCGUUUCUGUUUUCAACGUGUUCCCUUUGGAAUAACAUCUGCACCAGAAAUAUUCCAACGGAAAAUGGCAGAGUUAUUGUCUGGUUUAGAUGGAGUAGAGGCCAUAAUUGAUGAUACAAUAAUCUAUGGUAAAACUUUAGAGGAACAUGAUCAGCGCUUGAGGAAGGUUAUGGACAGGAUACAAGAGUCCGGUCUGAAAUUGAACAAAGAAAAAUGUGAAUUUUCUAAAUCACGAAUUGAGUACUUUGGUCACGUGAUCAGCGACAAAGGAAUAUCACCUAACCCAAAGCGCAUCGAGGCUAUUUGUGACUUAGAGCCUCCAAAAGACAUAACAGAGCUGCGUCGUAUUAUCGGGAUGAUAAAUUACCUGGGGAGAUUUCUACCAGACCUCUCAACCAUCAUGAAGCCUAUGACAGACUUGCUCAAGUCCGACCAAGUGUGGAAUUGGACAGCUAUGCAGCAAAAAGCUUUUGACGACCUGAAAGAAAAGCUGACUGAUACACCAGUACUGGCUUUCUACGAUGCGACUAAGUCAAUGGUAGUUAGUGCAGAUGCCAGUAGCUAUGGUCUUGGGGCGGCCCUAUUUCAGCAGGAUGGAGUGGAGCUACGACCUGUUGCCUUUUGCUCUCGUACCCUAACGUCUACGGAAACAAAAUAUGCCCAAAUAGAGAAGGAGUGUCUCGCGUCAGUGUGGGCUUGUGAGAAAUUUGAAAGAUAUCUCAUUGGUUUGUCUGGUUUUAAACUUCUCACCGACCAUAAACCACUAGUGCCACUCAUAAAUAAGAUGGACCUGGACAGGACACCACUUCGAUGUCAAAGAUUACUAAUGCGUUUGCGUCGAUUCAACGCGACUGCAGAACAUAUCCCAGGGAAAUUGUUGGUUGUGCCAGACACCCUGUCGCGUAGUCCGAUGACAUCACCAGAGAUGCAUGUUCAAAGUGAAGAUGACAUAGAACUGUAUGUCAACUCUGUCAGAUCAUGUCAACCUAUUUCAGAUAGGAAGCUAGCUAGCAUCAGACAAGCAAUAUCGGAUGACAAGUUCGCACAGAAAGCGAUUUAUUUCACAAAAUCUGGAUGGCCAGAGCGUGCAACAUGUCUCGAGGAGGGCAUGGAAGGCUACUUCGCAGCACGUGGUGAACUCACAAUAUUAGAUGAUCUACUAUUAUAUAGAGAUCGGAUAGUCAUACCGGACUGUCAGAGAGCUCAGGUCCUCGAAACAAUACAUGAGGGACAUCAAGGAAUAACGAAAUCUCGCGAACGCGCUGCAAUAUCUGUAUGGUGGCCAGGGAUCAAUAAGGACAUCAAAGAAAAAAUCGAGAAUUGUCAGUUCUGUCAAACCCAUAAACCAUCGCAAAGGAAAGAGCCGCUGAUAACUAAUCCGUUGCCAGGACGCCCAUGGGAAAAGGUAUCGGGUGACUUGUGCGACUUUGAAAAUAAAACUUACCUGGUAGUGAUGGACUAUUUUUCAAGGUAUUUAGAAAUUGCCUACUUACCAAGCACCUCCAGUGCUAAUGUCAUUGGGAAAUUAAAGAACAUGUUUGCUCACUGGGGCGUGCCAAUGGAAUUUGUGUCUGAUAAUGGACCACAGUUUGCUUCAAAGGAAUUCAGUGAAUUUGCAGCCUCUUAUAACUUCCAACAGACAUUUUCUAGCCCACAUUACCCACAAUCUAAUGGGGAAGCAGAAAGUGCUGUAAAGAUAGCGAAACGAAUCUUGAAGCAGAAUGACAUUUUCAAAGCUUUGAUGGCUUACAGGUCAACACCUGUUGCAUCAACUGGAGUCAGUCCUUGCCAGUUGAUUAUGGGACGACAAAUCAGGACCACACUGCCCGUGGUGGAGAAAAUCCUAAAUCCAAGAUGGCCGAAUUUGGACAAAGUCCGAGAUCAUGACAAAGCAUACAAAGAGCAAUAUGCGUACAGCUACAACCAGCACCAUGCUGUAAAGGAGCUACCUGAACUAAGCCCUGGAGAGGAAGUUCGAAUCAAGCUGGACAAUCAGAAAUCAUGGAGCACAAUGGGUCGCGUGGAACAUGCAAACCCAGAACGGCGGUCAUACAUUGUCGCGACACCAAAUGGACGGUACCGGAGAAAUCGUAGACAUUUACAAAUAGUGAAACGCGACACAAAAGGAUACGCGCAUAGUACCGCGAUUGACUAUCCAGCCAUCGACAUUCCUGAUGUUGAAGUUCCAAGUGUUCCUGUUGACACAUCGAGGAAACUCGAUAGUGAUAUCCGCGACAAUGUCGAGACGGUUCCAAACAGUCCUCGUAAUCGCGCAUCUAGUAAUAAGGAGAUUGUGCGGGAAUCUCCAGAUAAGUUCGCUAAACAAACCCUACCUGGACAUCCAGUUACAACUCGCUAUGGACGCGUGGUGAAGAGAAAAAUGCUGGAUGAUUAUUCAUAUGAAUGA